GCUCUCUCCCUCUUUUCCCACAGGCAGACCAGGGAGAGAGAAGCGCCUGGGUCGCAUCUCCGUCUCUCUCUCUUUCGUUCUCUGCCAUCCCUCUGCACUCUCCCCAUCUCUGUUUGCGAUUCUGCAGCUGAAACCCUGUUAGAAAAUUCCCUGAGCUCGGCAUCAUAGGCAGUACACAGGAGCAGGAUAGACCGGGGGAAUAAAUUGGCAAUCCCUCAACGAACUGAGGAGUCUUUUUGUUCUUUUCAUGCUUUUGAUGAUUGACCUGUUCCGCUGCCUCUCUUCUACAAGUAAAGACUUUGAAUGGAAGACUUGAUGUGACAAAAAAAGAACAGAACAAAAGCUUUUGCAGCUUUAUGUUGCCUCACAGGACAAAGUGAUGCAAAUGAAGACAGUGUUUGGAAGUGAGGAACUGAAGACUUAAUCCAUCUUCAAGAAAAAACUGCAAAAGAAACAGGAGAACGUGAACCUGAGGACGAGACGCUCAAUCAGUUGAUUUAAAACCAAACGCUCUCCCUGUCAGUCUCCGUCUCCACUCCUUCUGUCCCAUCUAUACUUUUCUUCCGUUUCUUGGGCUCUGCUCCCUCGACUGAAACUCAGCCAUGCAGGUGUCCAUCGCCUGCACGGACCAUAACCUGAAGAGGGGGAAUGGGGACCACAGCAAGAGUGCCACCAGCCCCAACGUGGUGAACCAAGCCAGGGCAAAGUUCCGCACCGUGGCCAUCAUCGCUCGCAGCUUCGGCUCCUUCACUCCACGGCACAUUUCACUCAAGGAGUCAACGGGGAAACACACGGGCAUGAAGUACAGGAACCUUGGAAAGUCAGGACUCAGAGUAUCUUGCUUAGGACUGGGUACAUGGGUGACAUUUGGGGGACAGAUAACCGACGAGGUUGCAGAGCAGCUAAUGACUAUUGCCUACGAGAGUGGAGUCAACCUGUUCGACACAGCUGAGGUCUACGCAGGCGGCAGGGCUGAAAUCAUUCUCGGAAACAUUAUCAAGAAGAAAUGCUGGAGGCGAUCCAGUUUGGUCAUUACAACUAAACUCUACUGGGGAGGAAAAGCGGAGACGGAAAGAGGACUGUCCAGGAAACACAUUAUUGAAGGUCUAAAAGGCUCUCUACAAAGAAUGCAGUUGGAAUAUGUAGAUGUAGUUUUUGCCAACCGCCCUGACAGCAAUACUCCCAUGGAGGAGAUUGUUCGGGCCAUGACCUAUGUCAUCAACCAAGGCAUGGCAAUGUACUGGGGGACGUCUCGGUGGACGGCCAUGGAGAUCAUGGAGGCAUAUUCGGUGGCGAGACAGUUUAAUCUGAUCCCUCCAGUGUGUGAGCAGGCAGAGUAUCAUCUUUUCCAGAGGGAGAAAGUAGAAGUGCAACUGCCUGAACUUUACCACAAAAUAGGAGUCGGGGCGAUGACGUGGUCACCGCUGGCAUGCGGCAUCAUCACAGGAAAGUAUGAAAAUGGCAUUCCUGAAUCUUCCAGGGCUUCCAUGAAGUCGUAUCAGUGGUUGAAGGAGAAAAUAGUAAGUGAGGAUGGAAGGAAACAACAGGCCAAGCUGAAAGAGCUCAACCACAUUGCAGAGAAGCUGGUCUGCACUCUGCCUCAACUGGCUGUGGCGUGGUGUCUAAGAAAUGAAGGAGUGAGCUCAGUUCUUCUGGGAACAUCCAACCCUGAACAGCUCACUGAGAACCUUGGGGCCAUACAGGUCCUUCCUAAGAUGACGUCUCAUGUGGUGUCUGAAAUCGACCACAUCCUGGGCAACAGACCGUACAGUAAGAAGGACUACCGCUCUUAGACCAGGCUGGUGGACUCCUGAGAGGUCAGCCUACCUACUCACCUACCUAUUUAACCAUACUGCUACCAUGGACCCACCGUUCAAUGUUUAAGUCCAUGGUUCUCUCCUUGGGGGCCCCACUCAGCUCCAGCUCCAGCCCACUUCAGCCUGGAACAGACAGCCUUGUUAAGCCCAGCAUUGUCCUGCUCACAUCAGCUCUACCCGGUUCAUCUCAGGUCCGGUCCAGCUCAGCCAAGAGACGCUUAACAAACUCAGCUUUUUGCAGCCUCAAACGCAACUUAGUCAAUUUCCCCCCCCCCCCCCCCAAAACCAAGGUGUUAACCCUUUCAGUGCCACUCCAUUCAACUAUAACUAUGCAGAGCUUAGUCUUGCCCAUGCCCUUCUAGAGCACUACAUCUCGGUUCAACAUUAAGAAAUAUAUAAACAUUUACAGUUGGGAGUUGAGCAGUACUGUAGUAAAAGCACAGCAGGAGUAUUUAAUUACUUUAAAGUGCCUUGCUCAAUGGCACCUUGAUAGUAGUUGUUGAGUGAAACGGUUAUGUCACUUAUUCACUUUUCCAACCCACAUCCUCCCGAUGACUCAGACCCUCAGGUCUCAAGCCUUCCUCUCAAAUGUCCAGACUUCCACCCACAAGGAAUUUAAUUUGAGAACAAAAUUCAUACUGAGCACAUAUUUUAUUCAUGAGAAAUGCUGUACCACAAGCUGAAUACAUCAACACAAACACCUUAGACUUAAACAUGUUAUGUUCCUUACGAAAGUAAACAUAAAAAAGCUUUAGUUGCAUGAACAUCCCCAGUCAUUUAGUCAAUGCUUUCAUUCAAUUGCUAUGCAGCGCUGCAAACAAAAUUACCAUAAGAGCUCAAUACUCUCACCUCGUGUCAGAGGUACACGCUCAAGUCGUGGGAUAAAAUGUCUUUCCCAUGAAAUGUGAGGUUUAGCAAUGACAAUGCUCAUACUUCUUAAAAAAAGCUUUAUGAAUGAGGCCUCAAUGAACCAUUCCCUGUUAGCUCAAAUUAGUUUCAAACUACCUACCAUUUGUACUCAAACCUGUAUUUAGUUUAGGACAGAAUAGUAUUCAGUAGAUAUUAUAGGCUGCAAAUCCUGAGUGCAGGUGCAUGUUUCUCCAGCUAUAGUGUGCCUCUCUUUACUUUUCUAUAAAGCACAUAAUGAAUCAACAGAAAGGAGUUGGAUCAAAAAUACUGCAAGCUUGUCUACUGUCCGUGACUGCCUGUGAAGCGAAGGAUCCUGGAACAUCAGUGUCAUUGGAAUUGGGGCUUUCAGGGAGAGAGUGAAGCAUGUCGCCCCUGUGUGGUCUUUUUCAAGAACUGCUACUCUGCUUCAGUAGAUAAUAGAAGAGAGAAAUAACGCUUUGCAAAAGAAGUGGACUACUUUUCUCUCAGUUUGCAUUUAUUAUGGAGACAUUUGACUCCAUUUCUGUCUGUGAACUGAACCUGCAUUGCUGAUUGCCUCAAUGAACCUUGCAGAAAAGGACUUAAGCAUAUAAUAUAUCUAUGUAAUAAAAGGAUGCCUCCUAGCUGGUCAAAAAUUGCUCGUUAAUGGCACAAAGAAGCAUAUAGGCAAGGGAUGUGGCAAAGAUUACAGUAUUUAUUCUAGAGUAGUUAAUAGACAGACAUUUAUUUUGACAUUUUGAGAUAUUGUUUUGAGAACUAUGGGAAAGUUACAUGUACAUAAAAUGUUAAGGCAUACCUUGUAACAUAAGCAAAACCAUGAAGAAGCCUCUCAUGCAUAUGAAGAUUUUACAGUACUGUAUGGCUAAUAUAUAAAUAAGUAAAUAGAGGUGUUGUAUGUAAAUAGAGUUAUUUUGUUGCUCCUCUAUAGAAUCACUGCAUUAGUUGCAGUGUUUGAGUCACUUUUCAUCCCAUCCUCCUCCAGGCCGACUUUACACUGUCACAGAAUACAUUGCUGGCUCCUGAAGGAUAUUUCAUAUAAGUAUUUAUGAAGAGUAAUGGUCAAUUUUCUUUGUUUUUGCAUCGUGAAGUCAGAUUAUGAAGUCUGUAUUGAUAAUGGCAUUAUUUAAAGAAGGAACUUCUGUAAGUAAUGAGCUUCUGUUCAAACUUAAGCAUUGACCCUGAAUCAUUAUCUCUGACCAGGUAGCUGAGCUCUCACAGUUCAUGUCGCCUUCAUGCGUUGUUUUUCUGAUUCUUUUUCAUCUGGAAAACAAGCCAUCACUUUAUCAGCAGAAAUGUGGGCCAGAUUCCAGUUAAGUCACUGUCCUCGGUGUACAUUUGUUGACUUGUAGCACAAACACCCUCCAGAUUUUAAUCAAAGGAAAGUUCUGCCCAUGUAGACUUUAGCCAGAAAUGCUGGUACACACAUAAGAAUGAUGCAUAAAUAAGCAGUGUUUGGCUGACAUUUUAAUUCUCUGGCCUUUGGGAUAAAAAUUAGACUUCCCUUUGGCUAUUUGCAUUGACUUGGUGUUACAUACAAAGAAGACCUGACCUCCUCUUAGUCAUCAUUGUAAUGCAAAUGACAAGCAGUUUGCUAACAACAAAAAACAUCCAGAAAAACUAUUUAAGUCUCCUUUAAGGUCAGAUCAGUGUAAUUCCCUUUACUCUAACUCUUGGUGGCAAUAUGUGUACUAACACAUACGUUUAGUUUGGUUGCAAGUCAACAAGCUGCCUCUCAGUUCCAGUCAGUGACCAUGUUGGAUCGCGGCCUGCCGGUGUGUGUGGAGACUUCUCUACCCGACAGAGUGCCUUGACUUGAGUGCCACUACAGAAGAAAAUAAAUCUGAGAUGUCUUUCAUUACGAGGUGUUAAAUGGUGUUUGGAUGCUGUCCUACAAACAAAGUGAGAAUAGAACAAUAUGUAUGCAGAUUAUUACAUUAUUAGAUUGCCUAAUUUACAGUAUGUAUUAAAUAUAACCUCAUUUGGACAAAAGCCUUUAAAAACAAAGCAGUAGUGUACAUAUACAUUUGUGUAGAGGUAACGUUUGUAAAAUUGACUCAAAAUGAAGUAAACUAUUCCAGGAAUUGUCAUCCUUGUCUACUUAGUCCUACACUACAGAUUGUUACAGUGUAUGGCAAUGGCUUUGUUCCAUCUUGGCCUUUAUUUAGGCUGUUUCCCCAAAAUAAUCUUACUGGAACAGUUAAGUCACAGAGAGGUAAGUGUUUUUAUCUUCUCCUUCAACCAUCAGUUUGUCUUAAGAAAAGGGCACCAAGUCUUUAACAGCUAGCAAGUAAUACAAUAUUCCUGUGGGUACCAUUGAAAUGUAAAGUAAUGCAUUGAUAGUGAUAUUUGUAGGGGAACUGGCCUAAAUCUGUCAGUGUCUGAGAGAAUAGUGACUUGUUCUUCAACAAGUUUACACUCUUGGCAAUGGGGAUGAAGGCCAAAACGGAACAAAGCUAGAAACAAUUAACCUCUGGCUAAAUUCUCAACUCUGAUUUAGAUAACAUGAAAAGUCCUGCAAUGUUACGCAUAAUCUUUAACCCUAGAUUUCCUGUUCUGGUAUGAAGCCAACCAAGAUCAAUUCUCAUAAAAUAUCAGGUGAUAUAGCAAUGUGUUCUACAACAUGUAUAUUCGUGGAUGGUAGACUUCGACAUCCAGUUUGGUUCCCUUUUUGUUAAGGUGACAUGCAAAGCAUCAGUGUCUCAUUUCUCUCCUGAACAGUAGUUCUCUCUGUAAAUAGUCUGUAUGAAAGUGUGAUUCUAAAUAAAUGCAUUGACAACGGAAA